AACUUGCCUCGCAGUGACCAGUUUAAAGCCAAGAACGUAAUCCUGGUAGGACUUAUGCCUGGCCCCAAGGAGCCUAAAACUGAUGAGAUAAAUAACUAUCUUGAGCCAAUGGUAGAUGAGUUGAUACAGCUGUAUUGUGGGGUAAGAAUCCCAACAUUCGAGUCUCCUGCUGGCGAAGUGAUUUGUGCUGCAUUGAUGAUGGUUGCCUGCAACAUCCCAGCUGCCAGAAAGACCAGUGGAUUUACUGCACAUAAUAACACUUGCGCAUGCUUUAAGUGCAACCGUCAUUUCACUUGCCUUGACAGCACAAACAAAGUUGAUUUUCGUGGAUUUAAAGAGUCUGAGUGGUGUCGUCAUAACUGUGAGGAGAAUAGGCUGCAUGCUGAGGAGUGGAAGAACACAGUUACCAUCUCAGAAAGGCAGCAUCUGAAAAUCGACAAUGGUGUUCAAUGGUCGCAGUUGCACCACCUUGGAUACUUUGAUCUAGUACGUGGAACGAUCAUUGAUCCCAUGCACAACCUGUUCUUGGGGACAGCAAAAAGAAUGAUGGAUCAGUAG